CUUCACCAUUCAGCACAACAGAGCUACCUUUCGCUCUCACCUCCAAUUAAUAUCCACGCCUGCGAGGUCAGCGCUUCCUUUUCGCCUCUUUGGGUUUGUUUUGUUUUGUCUGUUGCUUUAUUCUGAUGCGACGAGCUUGGGUACCCUACCAUGCCCUCUGCGUAUGGAUCGUCUCAGCCAGAAUAGGCGAACAAAGCUCAUCAAGCCUCUCCAGAGAACUGCCUUUCCCCCAAAAUCCAGGAUUUUUGUCUGUAAGUACUCAGGAUAACCAUCUGCGGCCGUUUUUCUUGUCGUUAGGCUGCCUUGGGUGUAGUUCACUGGGAAAGAACGCGCUGUUAAAGAUGGAUACGCUUUUUCUUAGCCCGAUGGAUAGGCGUUUAAUUUAGGGAACACCCGAUCCAAGUGCCGGGCAAAAAUAAUGGCAAGAUUUUGGAUAGCGCCGGACACGUUGUUGGUUUCCUGGGAUUAGAGCAGGCCUGUGUCGAUGCUUGAGAAGAGAAAAACAGCUCAGUACUGCAGCGCACAUACAAACAUUUCAUUUCCCAAGGCGUGAAUUACUGUAUGACAAAAAUAAAGCCGAGCACUGCUAGAACAUACUGACAAACAUCACCGACAAAAACAAGAAACUAUGGAGCACACCGGGAUCGAGGAGGUGAACCAGACGCACCAGCAGCAGCAUGAGCCCAUCAGCUUCGGGAUCGACCAGAUCCUCAACAGCUCGGACCAAUCCAGCGGCUGCAUGCUGCCCAACCGGACCAGCGACCCGGAUUACGCGCUGUCCUCCAAUGUCUACAGCAACGGGUACAACAGCGUCUACAACCCGGCCUGCUCCAUGGCGGCGGCGGCGGGUCUGGCCGGCUCCUACAACGUCAACAUGAACAUGAACGUCAGUAUGAACAUGAACGUUAACGUGAACUCAGGCGGCGCCGGCGGUGUGAUCCGGGUGCCCGCGCACAGACCCAUGCCGCCUCCGCCCGCCGCUGCUGCGCCGCAUCCGCCCCCUUCGACGCAUCCGCCGGGCAUCGGACCGGGCAUCCCCUCGGUGCCCGGGAUGGGGAUGGGAAAUGCGGCAAACUUCACCUUCCCGUGGAUGGAGAGCAGUAGGAGGUUUGCCAAGGACAGAUUAACAGGGGAGCAGGCAGAGGAGAGCCGAGUCGGAGAGGCCACAGGGGGGCCGGGGCCCGCCGGGUCCCUCUGUCCUCUCCCCAAGGGAGACAUCAGCAGGGUCCCCGUCUGGAGCACUGUGGAGACAUUAGCCAAAUGCUAUUACCCCGAGCUCGCUCACCUGCGAGACGGCAAUGGCCUUCUAGCAGACUAUCCUUUCCCAAAGGGGGCUUGCCCAGCCGCCCUCUCGCCCUUCUCUGUGACCCGUCGUAUCGGCCACCCUUACCAGAACCGGACGCCGCCCAAGAGGAAAAAGCCUCGCACCUCCUUCAGCCGGGUGCAGAUCUGUGAGCUGGAGAAACGUUUUCAUCGGCAGAAGUACCUGGCGUCGGCCGAGCGUGCCACCUUGGCCAAGGCCCUGAAGAUGACAGACGCACAAGUCAAGACCUGGUUCCAGAACAGACGGACAAAAUGGCGGAGACAGACUGCAGAGGAGAGAGAAGCUGAGAGGCAGCAGGCCAACCGGCUGAUGCUGCAGCUUCAGCAGGAAGCUUUCCAGAAGACGUUGAGCCAGCCUCUACAGCCGGACCCGCUCUGCCUGCACAACUCCUCCCUGUACGCCCUGCAGAACCUGCAGCCCUGGGCAGAAGACAAUAAGCUGACGGUCUAAAAGAGAGGAGGGCACUCUAUCCGUAAGUGCCGGGAAACAAAUGGACACCUCUGUACAUGCCCAACUAUCAAGACUGUCCCCCCCUUUUGCCUCUGGAUCCCUCACGAGGCAGCAGAGACUCUCUGCCAAAAACGGCAAAAAAAAAAAGACCUCCUGUUUUUUCGCUUUUGACUUUGUACAAUGUAGUAAAUGCAUGUUUCAACCCUUUUCUGUGUGAACUCGGAAGUACCAUUGAAGUCAGCUGCCGUCCAGGUGGACUGCGGUGUUCAAGUGGUAGUGGAUUGGUGGAACUCCUGCUGGCGAAUUCCUCAUUAUGUUCAAUUUAAAGGUGUUUUAUAUUAAAUGAUAUUGUGACUUUUUGAAAAGA